GAAAAGACGCUAUGGACAACCCCGCAUUGUUCGUGCUCUACUUGAGGCUGAAGCUCGUACAGACAUCAAGAACAUGAACGACUCAUUUCCUUUGCAUCGCGCUGUAAGUCGCGGAGAUCCGGAAACACUCACCGAGUUAGUGGGCAGAUGUAGUGAAAUCGAUCUCCAGGCUCGCGACAAGGACAAGCUCGCGCCUCUCCAUAUCGCCUGCCAGUUCGGGUGAGAUGAAUGGGCUAAAGUUCUUGUCGGGCGUGGCGCUUCAGUCUCGGAUGAUAGCCAUGCAGUCGAAAAGUCCGAUUGCAUUUGCUAUCGCCAACGGACAUCUUCCAGCUGUGCGAGUACUUCUGGAACAUGACCACUUCUUGGCCAAGGAAUGUGGCAAGCCCCUCAUCCAAGUAGCAAGAAAAGGUGCCAUUGAUAUUGUGAGAUUUCUCUGCCACAACAAAGUCGAUACGUCCUAUAAAGAGGGACUAGGCCAGACUGCACUUCAUAAGGCAUGCAUCGUAGGUAACACGACAAUAGUAAAUGAACUACUGAGCUUGUCAGUACCCGUGGAUCCACUCGAUAAGUCUGAACGGUCCCCUCUAUAUUUUGCGGCAGAAAAAGGCUUUCUGGAGGUUGUGGAUGUUCUCAUCAAGGCCAAAGCUAACGUGAACAACCUUGAUCGAAGGAUAGAGACGGCAUUGUUCAAACCAGCCGGUAAUGGACAUGUCAACGUGGUGGCUCGCUUACUUGAUGCUAAAAUCGAUGCAACGAUACUUGACUUCUGGGAUAGGAUCCCGCUGCGAUUUGCUACCCGUAGGGGUCAUAUCAAAAUUGUCGAAAUGCUACUAGAACGAACCAAUAUUAACCAGGAGACCCCUGACCAUGCUGGUCGAACAAUCCUUCACAAUGCAGCUGCAUAUCUGCGACAGGGUCAAGAGUCUAUCAUUGACUUGCUCAUCAAGAAUGGAGCUGAUCCGAAAGCGAUAGUCAAGUUGAAAGGAGGUUCUGCGCUUCAUGAAGCUAUCGCUCGUGAGAAUGGUCAACACCCAGCAACGGCUGGAUUAAUCGAUCGGCUUAUAAAAACAAGGUUCCACUGGACAUACUUGAUAAGCAUGGCCGAACAGCCCUUUUUCUAGCAGUUCGCAGGAACAUUGAAGCUGCCGAGCUCCUAAUUGGGGCCGGUGCGCCCAUCGAUAACCAAUCUCUUCACGCAAUGAUUGAGAAGGGCAACUUGAACUUGAUGGAACGAUGCCUGAAACUAGACUCCUGUCCUGACUUGUCAGAGAGAGGUUUCUGGGGUAUGACAGCUCUUCACCUCGCGGCGAGCCUAGGUCACGACAAUAUGGUGAAGAACCUCCUGGAAGCCAAAGAACCGCCCAGAUGCUGGGACAUGAACACGAUGGACCCUCUUAUGUGUGCAAAAAAAGAAAUCCACAGCAGCUCCGUAAGCCUACUUCACAAUGUACUGCUAUCACCUAUUGGUGAUUAUAAGUCUCGCGUAGAGCAGGGUGUUUGGGGACGAACUGUUUUGCAUUGGGCUGCAGAGGCCGGGGAAGACCUUAGUGCAUAUAUCAUGGAAGAAUCUAUAAGUUCUAUUAUCGAUGCCUUAGAUGACUUAGGGUGCACUGCUCUGCAUUUAGCAGUGUUAUCAGGAUCAUUGAGCACAGUCCAGCAGCUUCUAUCUGCCCACGCCCAAGCGGACCUUGUCGAUACCUUAGGCCAGACUCCACAGCAUUACGCAGCUGAACAGCCAGAUGUCAACAUCCUGAAAGCUAUCAUUGCAGCAGGAGCUGAUAUUAAUGUCCAGGAUAAAUGGUCACGGACACCCCUAAACUUAGCGGUCGAGAAGGGUCAUGUAGCAUCGGUGGAUGAACUGAUGCAUGCUGGUGCGAAGUUGUCGACAGAUUAUGCUAAAAAUCACCCUCUGCAUAUCGCUGUUACUAUGGGGGAAGACGAAAGAGUCCGUACUAUACUAAGCAGCGAAUGUGGAAAAGCAGUGAUGCUGCAGAAGAACAGUCACGACAGAACCGUAUUACAUCUUACGUCGCGCUUUGGCAAAUCGAAAAUCCUGACGAAUAUUUUCGCUUGAAUUCCAGAAUCUACUUCUAUGGUCGACUGUGAGGACUCGGAGAAGAGGAUGACACUCCACUUAAGUGCCCUCCAUGGACAUCUUGAUAUUACUCAAAAUCUUAUUGUUGAAGGUGCUCAUGUAUACAGGAUAGAUAAAGACCGAUGUAUGCCUGUCCAUUUUGCGGCCGAGGCCGGUCAUGAAGAAAUUGUGAAAGCUCUUCUUGACGCUCUUCCGCGGAAUGUUGAUUGGUGUCUUCACAACUUUGAUCAAUUACCUCCGGGCACCAAUUUUCCUUCUGAAGCCGAUGGUUACGAGCAAGCUUUUUUUGAGGCUUUGAUUGAUACCCAAGCCAUUACCCAGAACGGAAAAAAACAACCCUGGGUAAUAUCUGAGGAGAAAUGGACUCCUGAAUUUCAAGAAACGCUUCGAAAUGGGAUCAUUUCGGAGCUGAAAGUAUUCGACAGGUUCGAUCAUAGCAUUUCCAGCACAACAUUGAUGCGGGCUGUUAUGGGACGCCACGAAAAAAAUGGUGAAGCUUAUUCUCCAAAUGAUUCCUGAAAUGCCUCUGCAAGCGAGAUCCUACCAUUACUCUAAUGUUCUAUCCCUAGCUGCAAGAAAUGGAGACACAAAAAUAGUAUCUCAACUUAUCGAGUACAGAACAGACCCCAACGCCAUCACCGAUAUGCAAGACACAUGUCUACACGAGGCUGCAGAAAAUGGGCAUGCAAAAGCGGUCGAAGAACUUUUGCAUGUCGCUUAUGUUGACGCUCGAGAUGAUUUGGGACGGACACCUCUACAUUGUGCGUGUCUGAAAGGGAACGAAGAUAUUAUCAAUCACCUCCUUGAUGCAAAUACUGAUGUGUUGGUGCGAGAUCACGAAAUGAGGACACCGCUAGAAAUAGCGAUUGAAGUGGGUGUCUCGGAUAGAGUACGAGAAAAUAUUCAGAGUAGGGCUAUGUGGCAGAAAGCUCAGGUUUAAGAUGGUCGAGGUUACUAUUUGUCGUUUUCAAUUGGAUUAACUAUCGAUAGCUUCUAGGUGGUUUCUUACCGUACAAAAUACAAUCUUCUAAUGUAUUGUCUUAGUCUAUCCUCCGCACUCUCUCUUCAAAAUUCAACUCAAUCAUGCACUCAAAACCCACCCACUUCACUCCCCUUCUCUCCUUUCCACAAUAUCCUACAAUUGUCAUCAGCAACAUAUUAAUAUAUCUUGAUAUUCUGCUAACUCAAGACUGUAGAUUAGUAUCCAACUUCAUUCAAUUAGCUUUUCUUUGUGUGGAUGAGUGGGGGAUGUAGUAAUGUACUGGUUGAUGACGAUUGUAUCACAUCCAAAUAUUUA